AAUAAAUCAAUUAUACUUUUUAUAAAGUAAAGAAUCCUAAUUAAAUCCAUAAAAAAUAAAAUAUAAAAAAACAUUUCCACAUUCAGCUUCGCAGGCUUUCCUCCAUAAACACUUUCACCACACAAAAACAAAGCCUCGCCUGUCUCACUAGUAGUCACAAUCACACUCUUCUAAUCCAAAAACAACAACAAAACGAUGUCGUUUCUCCGAAAAACCCAAUUCAACAUUCCCCUUAAUUCCCUCUCUAUCCUCCGCCGUUUCUCAACCCUAACCCCAAAACCCUUCCCCGACAAACCCACCGCCACCUACUACGACAACCUCGCCGCCGACGCAGCCAACGCCGGCGACUUCGAUUCCCUCCACGCUCUCCUCAACAAACGCAUCCAAGACGGUUUCUUCAACACAAAACGAACCUUCAGCUUCAUCACCAACACCAAUUUCACCCCUUCCUUCCUCAACGACCUCAUAACAACAAUCUCUCGUCUCAACCCCGGCUUCUCGCGAAGAAACGCAUUCGAUUCACUCAUCACGCGCCUCUGCAAGCUCCGCCGCGCAGACGACGCACUCUACGUCGUCGAAUCCAUCUCGCGCGUGGAUAGUUCCGAGCUUAAAGCCUGCACUUUCCACCCAAUCCUAAGUUUCUUCACUAAAGAGAAAUCACUAGAUCACGCUCAUCGCUUGGUCGAGACCAUGAAACGUCUCGGAGUCCCACCGGACUUGACCGUUCACAAUUAUUUUCUCACGACACAUUGUUUCACCGGAAACACUGAAGCGGCGGUCGGCGUUUUAAAAACGAUAGAAAAUGAGGGUUUAAACGCCGACACUCGCACGUACGACGCACUUGUAUUAGGCGCGUGUAAAAAGGGGAACGUGGAUGGUGCUAUGGUGUUGGUGAGGAGGAUGGUGGAUGAUGGAGUGCCGAUGUUAUAUUCGACGCAUAUGUUUAUAAUUGAAGCGAUGUUAAAGAUGAAUUGUUGGGAACAAGCGUUGUGUUAUGUGAGGUGUUUUAGUGGGAAAGAUAAGGCUUUGGAUAAUGAGCUUUUUGGGUGUUUGGGUGGGAAACUUGUGGAGAUGAAUAAGUUGAAAGAGGCUAUGGUGGUUUUUGGUGAAAUGGAUGAAAGGGGUUUGAAAAUGUGUGGGAAAAUGAGAGAGUUUUAUGAGAUGAAUGUUGGAGUUGGAAAUAAUUAUGUAAGUUGUAAAGUGGAGUUAUAGGAUGAAAGAGUUGUAACAAUUUCAUACUGUUAGAGUUUGAUUUUUUAAUUUGAAUGUGUUAAAUUUGAAUUUUAUCGGAAGGAUUUUAAGAUGAUUA